UCGUCCGCCUUGAGCUGGUUGAGGAUCUCCGUCUGCCGCAAGCUCAGUCGUGCGUUCUGAUGCUCUUCGUCGAAUGAGACGACGACGUAUUCGAUCUCGUCCCCCCACAGCAGUCCAUCGCCGACUCUGUCCUUGAGCCGAUUCCAUAUGGCAAGAAACUGGAGGACGCCGUGAUCGCGGACGUGCUCUGCGUACUUCUCUGCUUCCGCCCAGUCAAAGGGAGUGCCGAGCACGAGCAAGCCCAUCGUCGGGCGUUCAGCGACGUCGGUCUAUGCGGCGAUCAACGACGUCAGCGCCAGGACUUGCUCGCGUUGUGGACUUGACCUCGUCGACUCGACUGACUGCCCCCCUUCCGACUGACAGCGACGCUGAGCGGUGGCAAUGGUCGAAGCUGGCGCUAGCUCGGCAAUCUGCUCAGCACUCACGUCGUACAAGAAAGCGCCAGGCACGCUCGUCCUCAAGCGAGACCAAGGACUGCAAUGGACGCCUCGACCAGACCAGUCAUCGUCAGGCGACCUCAUCGUACCUGCCAGCGACAUCUCCAGCAUUUUCGCAUCCAAGGAGGGCGCUGCAAAGGUCAUCCUCAAAGUCGUCACUACCGAUCCUGUCACUCACCAAGAAGCCAGUCACUCCUUCCUCUUCACAUCGGCAGCUUCAGCAGUGUCUGAGCGCGAAAUGUUCAAGCGAGAACUAUCGGAUGUCGUCGCUUCCGCACGAGCUGCACAAGAGGGCGCUGCUGCGGAAGCCACCAAGAAGCGCGACAAGGGCAAAGGGAAAGCAGCCGAUCCCAUACAAGAUCCGGCCGUGCGAGCGCGCUUGUUACGACGCGAUGCUGAGCUUGGCCAGCUCUUCAAGGAUCUCGUCAUGACCGAUAUCAUACCCGAGUCUGAGUUCUGGGAAGGCAGAGAGCAUCUCUUGUUGGCAGAAGCGUUGGCGGAUAAUCAGACGAGGGGUAGAUCGGGUCAGAUGGUCGACCCGAGACCAGAAACGAGCUCGAGCGGCGAGCUGACCAUGAAGAUCACACCUCAGCUCAUUCACGAUAUUUUUGAGCAGCUUCCUAUCGUACAACGUGCGUACAACGAUAAUGUGCCCAAGCCGCUCUCGGAAGAGCAGUUUUGGCUGCGCUACUUCCAGUCGAAGCUGCACGAACGCAAUCGUGCUUCGGCACGUAAUUCUGACAGCCUCAUGAAGGACGAUCCCAUCUUCGACAAGUAUCUUGACUUGCCAGACGAUGACCUCGAGCCACAAAAUCCUAUCGAUGAGCCUAUCUACCCUCUCCUGAAUCUCGAAGCUACGAGCAACGAUCACGAAGAGACCGGCAACACACGCGACUAUACCAUGCAAGCAGGCAAACAGAAGGGCUCGUUGCCGCUCAUGCGAAGGUUCAACGAGCAUUCUCAGCGCAUGCUCGAUAUCGCUUUAGGCGAAUCUGAUCGCCGGGCUGGCGUGAUCGAUGGCGGAAACGCAGGCGCUCGCAAUUACUAUUCCGACAUUGUGCUGGACGACCUCCAAGACACCCGCGAAGACGACAGGAUUACGCUCAAUAUGGAGCAACAGGCCAAGCAUUUCGAUACGCUCGGUACACAGUCAGGCAAGAGGAAACUGACAGAAGAUCAAGUCGAGGAUGUCUUUGAAGAGACUCGUCAGCACUAUCGAAAUUGGGAUCCUGAUCUCAGCCAGUUCAAGCCUGACAAGUCAGUCAUUAACGAGACGGCCGAGUCUCUCAUGCGCAACAUCCGAACGCGCUUCCAGGCAAAGGAGACGAAGCACAGCUCAGCCUUCCCGGAAGGUCUCCUGCGCGAGAUGGUCUCUUGCCAAGCAGCAGCCAAUGAGUUCCUUCGGCUCUACUGGUCUGCUUGCCUGCCUGCCCGUCCGGAUGACAUCAGUCCGGCGGCUUCGGCUACGCCAGCACAGAAGGCGCAAAAGGCCCAGCGCAUGAUCACAUACCUUGGUAAGACGAGUGAUCGGAUACAAGUUGUCCUGCAGAGCGCGCGCGAUCAGCGCGUCGAUGUGGAGCUCGUCAAGCUUGCGCUCCAACCGUUGGAAGGGGCAACCUCUCGAGCUAUGCUGCAUCACCAUCGCAACCAGCAGCGGAAUUAGUACAUAGCCCACCGCAACCCCAUCUCGUUCGAUUACGCAAAGAGUCAAAAGAAGUCAUGAUCAGCUCAAUCGUUGCUCUCGUAGUCUGCUAUGGCGCUCUGGCCCUUGCCGCCGUCACACCUGUACUCACGCCUGGCAAAGUCUUCACCGAGAGAGGUGUUGCCGCCCAGAAAUGGCAGGUCAAUUUUAUUGGCGUUGCUGUCAUCCCGUACAACAACGUAGACACCAAUCAGUGCAACCUAGGCGGUGGCAGUGGAUCGGUGGCAAGCUACCAGAUCACUGUCUACGCGGAUAAUUCGAUUCAGCCAACCAUUGUUCGCGCUCAGCCCACGACUACUUACGUCAACCAGCACGGCUUCAGUGCAGGUUUCUGGAAA